AUGGUAUUUAGUAGGGAAGGGCGCAAGCCAGGGAAAGAAUUAACCAAUACCCAGGCUAGACAAAUCAAAAGACAAUACGGCAAGGCCAGGAGGGAAAUGGAAUAUCAAUCAAUGCAAUCAAGCCCACCAAGGGCUCAUCAAGCCACCAGGAACGAGUUUCAACGUGAAGGAAGGUCAACUGUAGGUAUGCUCAGAAUCAAAGGCGCACCCGAACAGAGAAAACCGAAUCACGACCAUACCUGGAAAAUAAAAAAGCAGCAGAAGGGUCGAAGCCCAACUUGUUCCUCAAGCCAGGUCAUGGAUCACAACCAUCCUGUGCAAAAAAGCCAAGACUGGGAGCAGGCAAAACUAUUCUAA